AUGACGGACACAGGCUUUAGCUCAGCUCAGGGACUGCGCGUGGAGGACCCACAGCCCUUUUGUGCGCCUGGAUGGAUGGGGGCCAGGGAGGCCACCCCAAGCGGCCUGCAGCGACCGGCCACCUCCAAGAGUGUCCUGCUGGCAGGAGAGUGUCCAGGUGGCGUGGGGGCCUCGGGAGCUGGGUCAGCAGCCACCCCCAGGCCUUUGCUGAACCAAGGCUGCACCACCUCUGGCAGCCACGCCACGGCUGGCCCCCCAGCCCUGGCGGGUGUGGAGGAGGGGCCCAAUCCUGUGCUGAGGCUCUCGGGCGGGCCGGGCCGCGUCUGGGCCGCCUUCGGUGGCAAACUGCGCCGGAUCGUGGACAGCAAGUACUUCAACCGCGGCAUCAUGGUGGCCAUCCUCACCAACACGCUGAGCAUGGGCGUCGAAUACCACGAGCAGCCUGACGAGCUGACCAACGCCCUGGAGAUCAGCAACAUCGUGUUCACCAGUGUGUUCGCCCUGGAGAUGCUGCUGAAGCUGCUGGCCUGCGGCCCGCUGGGCUACAUCCGGAACCCCUACAACAUCUUCGACGGCAUCAUCGUGGUCAUCAGCGUCUGGGAGAUCGUUGGGCAGGCGGACGGCGGCCUGUCGGUGCUGCGAACCUUCCGGCUGCUGCGGGUGCUCAAGCUGGUGCGCUUCAUGCCCGCGCUGCGGCGCCAGCUGGUGGUGCUCAUGAAGACUAUGGACAACGUGGCCACCUUCUGCAUGUUGCUCAUGCUCUUCAUCUUCAUCUUCAGCAUCCUGGGCAUGCACCUCUUUGGGUGCAAGUUCAGCCUGACAACGGACACCGGAGACACGGUCCCCGACAGGAAGAACUUUGACUCCCUGCUGUGGGCCAUCGUCACCGUGUUCCAGAUCCUCACCCAGGAGGACUGGAACGUUGUCCUCUACAACGGCAUGGCCUCCACUUCUUCCUGGGCAGCCCUCUACUUCGUGGCACUGAUGACUUUCGGCAACUACGUACUCUUCAACCUCCUGGUGGCCAUCCUGGUGGAGGGCUUUCAGGCAGAGGGUGACGCCAACAGAUCCGACACGGACGAGGACAAGACAUCCGCCCACUUGGAGGAGGACUUUGACAAGUUCCCAGACGCCCGGGCCACGGAGGUGAAGAUGUACCCACUGGCAGUGACCCCCAACGGGCACCUGGAGGGCCGAGGCAGCCUGCCCCCUCCCCUCAUCAUGCGCACAGCGGCCACGCCCAUGCCCACCCCCAAGAGCUCCCCACACCUGGACCCGGCCCCCGGCCUCCUGGAGUCGAGGCGCGGCAGCAGCAGCUCUGUGGACCCCCAGCUGGGCGACCAGAAGUCACUGGUAGCGUGCACGCUGCUCCCGCAUGAGCUGGUUCUCCCGCUGCUUGGUCUCCGAGAACUGCGUGGCGAUCACCACCAGGCACAGGUUGAUCAUGAAGAAGGAGCCCACCUGCGGCAGGCGGGCAGGGGGAGCUGUGCCUGCUGGGGCACCUACGCUCCAGAGAGCCAUGCCUUUGGGGCAACCUGUUCUGCGGAGAGCUGUGUCCGGAGGCUCGUGAACACCGUGGAGGGCCGCGACCCCAAGACACGGUCCGGAGUCUUCUGGAGCCUCCAGACGGGACCUGGCCGCCUCCCAGCCCAGCGUGCACUCCACGCGCAGCUCACGGCGGCUGGGGAUGUGCGAGCACUUCUGCAUGCCGUUGUCCCGGCGCGAGGAGCAUAUAAAGGGAUUCUCUUCGCCCUCCUCUGUCUGGUAGUACGGCCGCAGGAAGGCACCUUCCCCAGCCCAGAGGCCCAGCGCCGGCCCUACUAUGCGGACUACUCGCCCACCCGCCGGUCCAUCCACUCGCUGUGCACCAGCCACUACCUUGACCUCUUCAUCACCUUCAUCAUCGGGGUCAAUGUCAUCACCAUGUCCAUGGAACACUACAACCAGCCCAAGUCGCUGGACGAGGCCCUGAAGUACUGCAACUACGUGUUCACCAUCGUCUUUGUCUUUGAGGCCGUGCUGAAGCUGGUGGCUUUUGGGUUCCGGAGGUUCUUCAAGGACAGGUGGAACCAGCUGGACCUGGCCAUAGUGCUGCUGUCCAUCAUGGGCAUCACGCUGGAGGAGAUCGAGAUGAACGCGGCCCUGCCCAUCAACCCCACCAUCAUCCGCAUCAUGCGUGUGCUCCGCAUCGCCCGCGUGCUGAAACUGCUCAAGAUGGCCACAGGCAUGCGGGCCCUGCUGGACACGGUGGUUCAAGCCCUGCCCCAGGUAGGGAACCUCGGCCUACUUUUCAUGCUCCUGUUUUUUAUCUAUGCUGCCCUGGGGGUGGAGCUGUUCGGGAGGCUCGAGUGCAGUGACGACAACCCCUGCGAGGGCCUGAGCCGGCAUGCCACCUUCUCCAACUUCGGCAUGGCUUUCCUCACGCUGUUCCGCGUGUCCACGGGGGACAACUGGAACGGGAUCAUGAAGGAGUCGGGUCUUCGGGGCCGCCCCGGAGGGUCCCAGCUCGAGGCCCAGAGUGGACCGCCGUUCCGCCCCCUGUGCCGAGGCCGAGGGCUCCAGUCGCCCAAGGGACCCUUCUCGUCACAACUCACAGAGAUGCGAAUUAGAACCUUUAAUGAGGUGCCACCCCCGACCAGCACCGUGGCCUUGACCCCCCCACAACCGGAGCCAUGGUGA